CACAGCACAUACUUUCAUCUGGCUCUAGAGAAUGUCGCUACAACCGGUCUCCCCUACACUACUGUAGUUAGCGCUUCGUGCCUUAAAUACAUAUACAUCUCGUGUGUUGUGCUAUCGUAUCGCGCGCAGCCCGGGAUACAGGAAUGCUACACCUCCCUGUGCGCGUGACGUCGUUGCUCUGUUAGAGAGGUCUGGUCGCUCGUGUCUUGUGUUCGACUAGCUCUAUAGGGCCUGACUCUGUCGAACCAUGAAGAUGUGAAAGUGGUCCUAGUACCCAUCACGUUGUGACGUGCGGACGGACGGACAUCUUAUCGACAUCGGAAUAGACACAGUCCACAAUGGUAACUAGUCAAAAGUUGACCAUAACCCUGAUCGGAGGAGGACCUUGGGGGUUUCGGCUGAUCGGUGGGGAAGAAUACCCAUUGCAAAUAGCAAAGAUCCGCAAGAGAAGCAAGGCGUGCUCUGGUGGUCUCCAGGAGGGCGACACUGUGAUUUGCAUCAAUGGCGUCUCCAUGCAGGGCAGGUCUCACCAAGACGCCAUGUAUGAGGUGGACAACGCUGGGGACAAGCUCAAUUUAACGGUCCAGAGGGAUGGCGGGUCAUUCCAGUCUCAGCAGCUAGUCGAGCAAAGACAACAUCAGCCUGUGGCAGCCCCCAUGCAGAUGAGCAAUGGUGUUGGGGGAGCACCCGGGCAAAAGACACACUCAACCUCUCAGACAUUUCGGGAUGGCAACACGACCACCAAUGUGGUGACCGGGGCCUACGAGCAGACUUCCGGGGACGGCAGACAGCUCACCAAGGGCUUCGUAAAACAGGUGGUGAAGACACAACCAGGGACAAUCACAAACCAGCAGACGACCACACGCGUCACCUCCUUCUCCAACCAGACGUCGAACAACGUUAGUCCCGUAAAGUUCCAAAUCAAGAACCUCCGAGACGAAUUCAAGGAGAACUAUACUCCAAUGAUAUUCGGACAAGGAAAGGAGCACACCUAUGGGGAUUAUGCGCGGCCUGACGACUCAGUCCGUAAACCUCGCGUGUUUAUGGUGCGGGAUAUCAAGGGCACUAUGUCUAAUCAGCAAGAUCAUCAACCUAACUAUCUUCCUGAUGCCAUGAACCAGCCGUCGGUACCUAGACCUUUACCACCAAAGGCACCGAAGCCAGUCAGAAUGCCGCCGGAACAACCACAAUUCAAGAUUCCAGAUCAGGUUCCACUUCCGGAAUAUCAACCAGCUCCUAUUCCGGAACCUGUGAUUCCAGAGGCACCACCGCCGCCGCUUCCUCAACAUGAAGUGCCGGAGCCAUCAGACCCCGUUUCUUUUUACCCGGCGGACGAGCCUCUAUUCUACCCGCUACCACAGGCGCCAUUUGCUAAGUUUGACGCGCACGAAUACAACGAAAAGGUCAGAUCAGGAAGAUUAAAUGACGAAGUUGACUACGAAGAAACGCCAGAAGAGAGGGAGGAAAGGUUCAAUGGAAAGCUACCUAUUUUUGCACCAAAAGUGGAAAUUCAUUAUGAUGAAGAAUUUCUACAAAAUGGUUUGCAGAAUGGUUUCUUCAUCGAGAGACCAGAUUUGCUUCCACUUGAUUUCAGCAGGAAGUUAAGUGGUGCUGAGAUGGACAGCGACCCUUAUACACCAGGAACUCCAGAGUCUUCCGGUGUUAGGAAGAAGAGACAAGACUUAGACCCAUUUUUAUCAUUCAAGGAGAAAUAUUAUAAAGACAAUAAGAAGCUGUAUAACGACUCCGCCUUCUAUGACGCUCCAGACACUGAUUAUCCCACUAUCGAAGACCAAAUCACCCUAUGUAAGAAAAUCGCGCGUUCGUUGACGUCGGCAGCCAAUAAGAAGGCGAGAGGAGCCAAGAUGUUUGCCAAGCGUAAACGACGCGCUAGCAAAUGGAUACACGAUGGCGAGUCACAUAUCGGAUCGUCUUCAGCCGGGGACGUAGCUGACCUACACGACCUCGACAGCGAACUUCACCUGACCGAAGGCGGAUCCCGCCCACUGUUCUCAUUUCGUAUACCUAAUAUCAAGAACCGCAUUCUUUUGACAGAGGACGGCACUCCAAAAAUGAGUAUUUCACAGCAGGAAUUUGAACAAUUGAGGCUCCAACAGAAAAAAUGCGAUCACAAAGCAGUGUCUCCGAGCACCUGUCAGAGCCUGGUAGCCGACCUACACAACCAGAGAAACAGGGGAGCGAAGCUAUUUCAAAAACGUCAAGCUAGAUCAGAAAAAUGGGUCAUCGAUGAAAGAAACGCAACAAAACCGAUGUUGUCACAAGAAAAAAUUAAUUCCUUUUUGGAGUCCACAUCCUCUGUGCAGAACAAGGCCCCCACCCCAUGGGAGGCCGCUUUGGGUAACCCCCAAGGGCGUGUGGACAGUGCUUUUGACCACAUGGACUAUUCAAAACCCACCCCACAGCAAAAGUACAGCCCGGCACCCCAGCUGCCGCAGCCAAGCCCACCCGUAACCCACGACCUGUCAGGAACGCAAAACAUUGCAGCAGUGACUGGGCCAAACUUUAACCGUACCCCCAAAGGAUGGGGGUGCGGCCCUGCAUCAACAGCUGUUCAGGCUGAUGAUCACUAUGGUUACAACACGCUCCGACGUCAGCUGUCAAAUAAACAGGAACAGCCCCCGCCUCCCCCGCCAAAGCCCCUCAAGGCAACGCAAGACAACUACAACCCCAGAAUGAGGGCUUGGAACCCGGAAAUGAGUGGAGCGUACAACCAUAAUAUGUACAAUGUCGCGAGGUUCGGAGGUCCAGGAGGCAACGCGGGUCCAGAACAAUACAGUCACCGAGCCGCAGAUUCGUAUCAUAAUAGGGUACCGUCACAUAUGAUAAUCGCGUCCGACUUGUGAUCCUUUUAACCUUUUUCCUCGCCUAUAUUCGUAUGAUUUGGAUUAUAUUAAUGACCCUCUAUACAUGAGUGAAAGUUGGAUAUAUAUAGUUCACCUUACUUAAAUGUGUGGUUCAAUAUGCAAGGUUCCGAACAGUCGUGAUCAUGGAUUUAUUAUAUAUAGUGUUGUAUAUAAAAGAACUGUGCGUGCGUGUUUGCUUGGAUUAAUUUUAACAUACCAAAAAGUUAGUAAGAAAAUGCUAGAAGAAACAGCGAAAGAUGUAUACAAAAUGAAAGCCUUGAAACGAAUUGAAAGCUUUUGGUGAUUCUGUGCCCAAAAUAUAUAGUGUCCUCCAACAAAACUGUUGUGAAACUCAAUUCCUAUUCUGUUACCUGGAGACGAACAUCACAUGGGCGGUACACGAACCACUGCACGGGGAGAUUAUAUACCGUCUGGUGGAGAGAAUAGUGGUUUGGGCAGUCGUCCAGAUCCCGUUUUUAUUUUGCUGUCGUUUGUUACUUGUUACUAUGGAUACCACAAGCAUUCCCCUAGUUUAGUGAGGUUUUUGGGAGUAGCUACCUCUUGCAUGUAUUGUGUCUGUGAUUAGCACUAUCCGGGACUUUGUUUUUAAUUGAGAGACUUUUUUGCAGUUACAUUUUCCUUUUUGUUUCUCAGAGUUUAUAGUACAAAGAGGAUUAACGUUGAAAGCGACCACCGACGCCUCCUCCUCUAUCGCCCCUUUAUAUUGGAACACUGCCCACGUGUGUGUUAUCCUGUACGUGUAUACACACGCGAACACACAGCUCUACUGCUGUAUUAUAUCUGACGAGAUGCACUCUCCAAGGUCUCUGCGGGACACACGGCCGGGCCUAAUAAGGAUCUCGUUAUGAUAUAGCAGCAGUGUCAAAUGAUAGUUCUGCCUGAGGUGGGUGAACACUAGAUUACCGUCCUUACCGUAGUAAAUAAUUUGGUUUGUGAUACCUACCGUUCUCCAAUAUAACAGUCAGUAUUUUGGGCACAGCAGUAUGUACAGGAGUUCGUCCCUAUUGUAUUGGUGUAAAUAGGUUUGGAAAUGAAAUGAUUACCAGUCAGAAAUAGAUAUAAAAAAUUCAUUGUUGUGUUUCCUAAAAAUUUGUAAAUAAUCUUGUUAUAAUAUUUGUAACUAGUUUAUUUUUUGUUUUUGUUUGUUUGUAAAUUAACACAUUUUGUAUGGAGUUUCUAAUAUAUGUUCUAGAUCUUAUCAUAAUGAAAAUAUGAAUUAUUUAUUGAGUACAAAAUUCCCUAAUUUAUUUUGAUACUUCCACCUUGGAACGGUGACUUCAAAUGCCAUUUGUAAAUGCCGCCCUAAGAAAGCAAAAUAAUCUGUUAGGUUUUGCUUGUUGUUAUUUUUAGGAGUCAUUUUUUACCAUGUAUGAUCAUUAGCUAAAAGUAGAACCGUAUGACGUCACGCCAACCUUGGACCCUAUUACAUCAUUAGUGUGACAUCACAGCAAUAGAGGAUAACGUCUCCUUUCGUUCAUUGUUUUUCGUCAGACCGGGACACUCGGGUUUGGUGUACGAGUUAUACGGUUCUACAUUAGUAACUAUCAAAAGUAUAAAAAUAAGCAAAAUUGGGAUGUUUUCAUCGCAUCACAAAUGUGUUUGGACAUAAAGCCGACAUUUUUACAGGAUUGUUUUGUAUCAUUAACCGGCAUUAAUAUCUCUUUAUAUCAUUUUACAACUUUCCCGAUUGCUGUCAUAGUCCGAGUCACCCGGAUGUUUGGUGCAUGGACUUGUUACCCACAAUUCCAUAGUUGUACGAUUUUUGCAUUCUAUAACUGGCCCUGGAGAAAUGUGGUCAACAAGUGAGUUAACUUGCUCUCUGAUGUCACGCAGACAGACAUCCGGGUAUUCGCGAUCGUUGUGUAGUCUGAUGAAUGAGUUAAGUCAUAUUUGGGUGAAAAUGCAAUGCCAAUUUGAUAGGGUACCUAUCUUUAAACAUCUGCUUUCGAUCGUCCACUGGUGUACUUCUACAUCGAGUGCAUGUCGUUGGCCUUAACACAAAAUAAACAAAAAUUAUCGAA